AUGUCGGCAGAGUUAGCGCAUAUAUUGGCACAGUAUGUGAAGGAUAGGGGCCUCGUGGGAAAUGAUGGAGGAUAUCAGGUCAGUUUAGACAAGGAUAUAGCGGACAUGCUCGGAGAGUUUAUUCAACAUAUGGAAACGAAGGAGUCACUUAUGGAGGACUUGGGUUCAAACUGUAAUAAUGAAGGUUGGUUUCACCCGAGAGGUGGAGAAAACACACGGCACGUGGGGUAUACAGUAGGGGAUAAAGUUGUAUGCAAACUUAUGGCAACAGCAUUAUGGUUUCUGUCGACGUCGACGCAUGUGCAGAGAACACAGGAUAGCAGUCAACUCAAUAAUGUGAGGUUAAAGGAGUACGUAAAGUGUGCAAUAGUUACCAUGUUUGCAAGUAUAUUAGAGCAGUCGGCAUGUGGAGGCACGUGGCCAAUACAUAAUGCAUGGAAGGUAAUGAACAGAAUGUGGGCGAGUGGUAUUCAGGGUUUAAGUAUAGACGGGGGAUGUAAGAAAUUAUUAGAAAUAGACAUACAGAGAGGGACGUGGUCCAUGAAGGAAACAAUCAAGAAUUGGUUGAAAAAGAAUACGAGGUUGCGGAAAAAAAUAUCAGGAGAAAAACUGGCGAACAAGUGCAACAAAGUUGUAGGGCAGGGCGAGAAAGCAGGGGUCCAGGGUACAAAGGAACAAUUGGGUGACGUGCACGGCAAGGAGGAGGCAGCAAUAAUGAAGCAGUUGCAGCGAGGGACGAAGAAUAUUGUGAAACUCGUCACCAAGCAAUUCCGUGGAAGAAUAGGUGGUGCAACGGGGAAUAGCCUUGACCAGACGGCUGAGGAUUCAGAACAGGAUGACGAGGAUGAUGAGGACGAAGAUGAUGAGGACGACGACGAUGAUGACAAAGAUGAGGAUGCACAAGAGGACGCCGCGAAUGACACAAAACCGGCAGAAGCAGCAGGAGCAGACCCGCACGGGGAGCAGCCGUCGGCACCAUCACCAGCAGGAGCAUCUGGGGUAGGAACAGGAACACCUUCCGGACAACCACGAUCAGAUGGCGCAGCAGGAGAGAACAGGGUCACAGCGGCACCAGUACCCGUACCACAACCUCCACCUGCGGCACCGCCACAAAGAGAGGACGGCCAGGGGCCCAAGGAGGAACCAAAGGAUAAGAAUACAUCAGCAGGUAAGCAAGAUGGACCCUCUUGUGUGACCACUAUAAAUGAUAAGAAAGUCCAUAGAACCGACUUCCACGAUAAUAAUGUUGGUAUCCAGCUUACGUUCACUGACACCAGUCCUUCAUCCGGCUGCUCAGGAAGUAGUACCCCAGGUAGUGAGUCCGAUGAGAACAAAGAACGACAGAAAAAAAAAAAAAACAACAAUGAAACCACACUUUCCGCGGAGAGCGGGAGAGAAACCACGGAGAGCGAGCAACCAAACGUCGAAUGA